AUGAGAAGAGAGAAAGAAGAAGAAGAAGAAGUUGCAGAAGAGAUGGGAAUUGAUCUGUCUUUGAAGAUUAAUGCUAAUAAACAAGGAGAGGAAAGAGAGAGAAUAUUAUUAUUUGAUGAGGAGAAGGGAAAGAAGGAAUUAGAAGAAGCAGCUGAUGAACAGAUCACAGAAGGUGAAAUAGAAGACGAUGAUGCAUCAGUUGAAGAAAUUUCUCUUCAUCCAAACUUAGCUUCCACAGAGGAGCUAAGAGUGUUAAAAAUGGAGAUGGAUCGUAUGAAAGAGGAAAACAAAGUGUUGAGGAGAGUAGUGGAGCAAACCACGAAAGACUAUUAUGAUCUCCAAAUCAAAUUCUCAGCCAUCCAUAAUCCUCCUCUCAACAAUAUGAACAAGAAGGAUCCUCAAAUCUCUCUCACACUCCAAGGCAAUAAUGAUAAUAAUAUUGCAAACACCAGCACAAGUAGUGAAGAAGAAGGACCACCAGCACCACCGACAAACACUAACAUUAUUAAGGAUGAUUUGGGAUUAUCACUAAGGUUAAACACAAUAAGUAGUACAAGUUCAGAAGAUGAAGAUUAUGGAGGACGCAACAUUAAUAAUCACAAACAAGAUCAUGUGGCUUCUCCCAAUUAUCAGUUGAAUCGGCUUCAUCAUCAUCAUCACUUGCCUGUUUCUGCUUCUGCUACUGUUGCUGCUUCUCCUUCAAAUAGAAAGGCUAGGGUUUGUGUCCGAGCAAGAUGUGACUCAGCGACUAUGAAUGAUGGUUGCCAGUGGAGAAAAUAUGGGCAGAAAAUUGCCAAAGGAAAUCCAUGUCCUCGUGCCUAUUAUCGAUGCACCGUAGCUCCAGGAUGCCCUGUAAGGAAACAGGUACAAAGAUGUAUAGAGGACAUGUCAAUCUUAAUUACAACCUACGAAGGAACACAUAAUCAUCCUUUACCUGUAGGUGCCACAGCCAUGGCUUCUACUGCUUCCACAGGAGCUAAUUCCUUCAUGUUCCUUGACUCUUCACAACCCUCCUUUGCUUCUUCUUCUCCCUCUUCCUCUACUUUCGUCCCUUACAAUAUCACAGCCCUAAACCCUAAUAAUAAUCAGAAUCAUCAUCCUUCUAAAGCUGGCCAUGUCUUUGAUCUCACAAACAACCACCCUAAUUAUAAAACCAGUCAUUUCUCUGCAACUCAUCAACCAUCAGGUUUUUCUUGGAUGCCAAACAGAUCAAUACUGAACUCUUUUCUCUGCCCUAGAGAUCGUGGGAAAGAAGACGAUGAUGAUGAUAAGAAGAAGAAGAAUGUUUCAGCUGAUGCUAGGUUUAGGGUUUCUGUUGCUGCUGCAGCCGUUAACAACAAUAAAGAGAGCCAUCCUACUACCUUAGGAUCUUCGUCCUCUUUUGGCCCUAGGAAUGUUUAA